CCUCCCCUCCUCUCCCACCACCGUCUGUCACCCUCCGGCUGCUCCACAUCGAUGUCUUCCACAACACCAGCUCCACGGACAUGCAGGGGAUGGCCCUGCUGGGCAACCUGGAGACCCACUCCCUGGACUGCAGCACCUGCGAGAUCCGCUUCCUGCAGCCCUGGGCCCAGCAGGGCCUGACCCCGAAGCAGUGGCAGGACCUGGAGCUGCUGAUCCAUUAUUACCUGUUCGACUUCAACCGGACUGUGAACAGAAUAGCCCAGCAGCAGGGAAAGGGCUACCCCUUUGUUACCCAGGGCUCCCUCGGCUGCGAGCUGCACCCCAACGGCACCUCGAGGGGAUUCUAUGAUAUCGGAGUGAACGGGGAGGACUUCAUCAGCUUUGAUGCGGUGGCAGGCAAAUGGGUCGCUCGGCAGAGGGACAAGCUGGCUCUCUACGUCCGGGAGCGUCUCAACUGGAAUAAGGGCGCAGCCAUCACGCUUCAGUUUCUCCUGAGAACAACGUGUGUCAAUGAGAUCAAGAGCUUUGUCCAGUACGGGAAAGAGUCUCUGGAGAGACAAG